AUGGUUGGUAUGCGGAAUAUAGCUCUCAGUGAGCCCAUUCAUCACCGUUCUCCAUAUGAGGUGGUGUUCCUCAACCCCCCAGAGGAGCCGGUGGCCGGCUACCUCCUGCGUGUGCUGUACUCCUGCUCAGAGUCCAGUGUGGUGUACCUGGAGGUCCUUGUCUCUACGGAGACCGAAACCACCAAGCCCGUCUUUCAGAGACACUGGCGGUGUGGGCCAGGCCCUUCCAGGGUCCGUAGCGUUACCCUGAACCUCCCGGACUGGCUGUUGUACCAGGCUGACUGGAGAAUCCCUGACUCAGAGUGGGUGCUGAGUGGACUGCUUCGUGCCUGGGUCGGUGAGGAUGGCUCCCAGGGACAGUAUGGGACCGCCCAGGCCCGAGCCACUGUCCUGCUGCAGCCACUGAACCCCUACAGCCGUCCUUGGAAGCAGCAUGAGCUUUGCCCGUCCUGGAGCACAGACAUGCUCUGGAGGAUACGCAGAGAUACCAUCCCACGCUGUCCCGAGGAACAAGAGAUUGCCCAUUUCCUGUCUUUUGUAUAUGCCUCCACUGGGGAGAACUUUGGCAUCACCAGGACUCUCAAUCGCUAUGACAACAAGGUCCUGGAGCACCUGAGGCUGAAAGCAAUCUCCUCUCCCUGGUGUGUAUUCUCCACCUGGCUGUUCCUGACCCAGCACUGCCACCAGCAUCUGUGUGGAGUGUUGCACCACGUGGACUCUGAAAAUAACUACGCCACCCCUUCCAUGUUCCUCACAAGUUUAGGCCAGCUUCAUAUACAGAUGCAUGGAGAGAACGGGGUGUCUGCAGCCUUCCUGAGUGGUUUCCAGGUGCCUCUUCAGCAGUGGUGUCACAUCGACCUGGAGCUGCAGGGAAGACUGGUGAACAUCACCAUGGUCUGUGUGGAGGGACAGCAACUUUCUACUCACUUUACAGAGAACAGGUUCAGAGACCCAGUGCUGCUGGAUGACACCAAUGGCUAUUUUGUGCUGGGAGGCGGUCUGUUUGUGAGAGGUGCUGAGGGGUUUUUUGGGCCAAGUGUGUACUACCGCAACAGAGUGCCCUUACUGAGUGAGAGUGAGGUCAGCAUCCCGCAGCCUGUCCAGGCUCUGAAUAUGACUGGAUGGUUCCAGUCCUGUGCUGAGUUUAAGAAGGCGCUCCAUUUCAAAAUGGAUGGAUAUUCACUGAGAGUCAGAGAGGAGGGAUGGGCUGGGAGCUGUGUGGAUGCGUACAGCAGCUGGGUUUACAGGGAAGCCCUGCAGCCCGGAUCACCACAGUGUCAGCCCUGGGAGGCACCCGCUGCCCCUCAGGGACGCCGCGCCGCUCGACUGGCGCAGCUAGCGGCUACCAGACAGGAUUUUGUCUCCGGUGCCCUGCGCCAACCCCAGGGAGUUGACCUGGCCGCAGUGGGCCGGGCGCUGUACUCCCAGGCCCUGCGGAGGCUCGCUCGGGGAGGGGGGACAGAGGCAGUGAAGCGGGCCAUGCCUCUCCUGCUGCAGGCUGGCUGCCUGGGGGACAACAGGGCCCUCCACCUGUCAUCGGUGCUGUACAACAGCGGCCUGGGGGUCGGGAGGCAUCCAAGCAAGGCCUGGCUGCUGUCUCUGCUGGCGGCCCAGCAGGACUGGAGGCUGGCAGAGCUGCGUCUCGGACACAUGCACCACCUCGGCGAGCAAGGCAUACCCCCAGACCUUCCCCUUGCUUAUGCCUACUACUCCAACAUUGCAUCCCAGACUGUCUCGGACUUUAACAACCCCUCUCCGGAGCAGACGUUUGUGGAGUCUAUCUACCUGAACAACGAGGACGUGCUGAAGCUGCAGACGAAGGAGAACGAUGACCUCUUCCUCUGGCUGAAACACCAGGCGCGGAAUGGAAUAGCGGAGGCAGAGCAAGCAGUGGCAAGAAUGCUGUUCUGGGGUCAGCAGGGAGUGUCUCCGGACAUACAGACGGCCGUGAAGCACUAUGAGAGGGGGGCCAAAAGGCUGGAGGACACCACAUCCAUGUACAACUACGCCAUCGUCCUACUUAAGGGGCAAGGAGUAGAGAAGGACAUUCCAACAGCGGUCAAGUUCUUGAAGAAAGCUGCUGAACAGAAUUUCGUGCUGGCGAUCAACGCGCUGGGCUGGUACUACGAGCAGUACGAGCAGGACUACGUUCGAGCAGUGGAGCUGUGGGAGCGGGCCGAUGUGCUGGGCAGCGCCGACGCUGCCGUCAACCUCGGGGUCAUGCACUCCCAGGGCCUGUAUCCUGGGAAACCGCCCAGCAAGUUCAUGGCAUAUAUCUAUUACCUGAAGGCUGCACAGAGAAGAAAUAUUGAUGGAGCGUUCCGAUUGGCCGAGGUGUGGAUUAGAGGGAUCCCUGGCCUGGUGGACAGGCUUCCAUUGGAUGCAGUGCUGUGGGCAAAGUGGGCAUCUGAGCAGAAUGGGUACCUGGGAGCGGUUUUAAGGAAAGGCUUGGAUGCCUAUUUUGACCAGGACUGGUUAAUGGCUCUGAUCUAUUACCUGAUGGCGGCGGAGGCGGGAUUCUCUGCAGCUCAGUUUAAUGUGGCAUACCUGUGUGAACUCAACCCUGGGGGUCUCCUGGAUCCAGCCUUUGUCACAGAUUGUGUGUGGAGAUAUUACAACCUUUCCAUUCAGGUUCAGGAUCCUGCACCUUAUGCACUGAUAAAGAUGGGAGACCUGAUCUAUGGCAGCCACAAGCAUCGAAAGAGAGAUGCGGCUGUAGCGGCUGACCUAUACAAACAGGCUGUUCUCCGAAAUGACCCGCAGGGCUGGUACAGCCUUGGUUUGCUGGUCCAAGCAGGAGAGGUGUUACCAGGGCCUGUGUUGGCUGAAUUAGGUCUUGUGGAACUUCGUGGAGCAGACAACCACACAGUGCUUACCACACUUUACAGAAGGUGCAGAGACCACGAGAGCAAAGAGUCGUAUUUGCCAUGCAGUCUGGCUCUGUUCUGUGCACACUUGCACUCUGUCUGGAAGCUCCAUGGCACGGCCCUGAAGGUCUCCAGUGCUGUUGUCAUGGCAGCCGUCACUCUCCUGAUGCUGCGCUUAGGCCGGCUCCGGGCUCCCUUGUCCCAUGCGUAG